GGAAAUUCAUUCAUUCAUUCCCACAGCACUUUCUUUCCUCCUUCCUUCGAUUCUCCGCUGAGAUUCCCUCAAUUCCCUCGCCCCUUCUCUCUUGCCGUUUUGCGCCGUCUCACCGUCGUGUCGUCGCGGUGGAAGGAAGAAGAUGAAGUCCUCGCUCAGCAAGUUGAGGAAAAUUGCACUUCACAAGAGCACCGUUGCCAAAGAAAAGAACGAGUUUCAACCUUCACCCGUCUUCGACGAGCUUGCUCUCGCUGCCAAGGACAUGCAAGAGAUGAGAGAUUGCUAUGAUAGCCUGCUUGCUGCGGCUGCUGCUACGGAAAACAGUGCUUACGAAUUUGCUGAGUCACUGCAGGAAAUGGGUACUUGUCUAUUGGAGAAAACUUCCUUAAAUGAUGAUGAAGAAAAUGGUAAAGUUUUGGGGAUGCUUGGAAAUGUGCAGCUUGAACUUCAGAAACUUGUUGAUAGCUAUCGUUCUCACGUAGCACUCACAAUAACCAAACCAUCAGAGUCUCUGCUUAAUGAACUAAGAACUGUUGAGGACAUGAAGCGGCAAUGUGAUGAGAAAAGAGACGUAUAUGAAUAUAUGAUUGCCCAACAGAAAGAGAAAGGAAGGUCAAAAAGUGGUAAAGGUGAAAGUAUCACUUUACAGCAGUUGCAAGCAGCUCAUGAUGAAUAUAAAGAGGAAGCAACACUUUGUGCUUUUCGGUUAAAAUCCUUGAAGCAAGGCCAGUCACGCAGUCUCCUAACACAAGCAGCUCGUCACUAUGCUGCGCAGUUGAACUUCUUUCGGAAGGGACUUAAAUCACUGGAGGCUGUUGAGCCACAUGUCAGAAUGGUUGCAGGACACCAACAUAUUGAUUACCAAUUUAGUGGCCUUGAAGAUGAUGACGGUGAAGAUUGUUCUGAAGAUGCUGGGAAUGACGAUGAGAUCGUUGAAGGCACUGAGUUAAGUUUUAACUACAGAUCAAAUAAGCAAGGGCCUUAUACUGCUUCCACAUCGCCAAACUCAGCAGAGGUGGAAGAAUCAAGACUGUCAUAUGUUCGAGCCUCGACCGCAGAAACUGCAGAGAUAGAUAAGAACCAAGGAGAUUUUAAAUUCUCAACUAGAGAUCGUAGAGUCAGCAGCUAUUCAGCUCCAAUAUUUGCUGAAAAGAAAUUUGACCCAGCUGAGAAAGUAAGAUUACUUUUGUCAUCAUCUGCAGCAAAGCCUAAUGCUUAUGUACUUCCUACCCCUGUCAACAUCAAAGAAACAAAAACUAGCUCAGCCCCCCGCCUAAGUGCAAGUGGAUCUUCACAUAAUUUGUGGCAUUCUUCCCCUUUGGAUGAAAAAAAAAACGAGAAAGAUCUUGUUGAUGGUAAAUUGUCAGAACCAGCCAUCCCUAGAGCUCACUCUAUUCUCAAAGAAAGCAACAGUGAUAACACAUCCAUCCAGUUACCACGCCCUUCAGCUGAGGGACUGUCACUUCCACAAUUUGAUAUUUUCAAUGCUUCUGAUAGUAAGAAAACAUUAAGACAAGCUUUUUCAGGUCCAUUGACUAAUAAACCACUGUCAGUAAAACCUGUUUCAGGGGCUUUUCCACGUUUACCAAUGCCCCAGCCUACCUCUCCAAAAGCAUCUCCUGGUACUUCACCUCCCCCUGUUUCCUCACCUAGGAUAAGUGAGUUACAUGAGCUUCCUAGACCUCCUGGUGAUCAAUCCAGCAAGCCAAUGAAAUCUUCUCGCGUAGGCCACUCCGCUCCAUUAGUAUUCAGAAAUCCAGAUCAUCCCGCAGCUAAUAAGUUUCCUUCAGUUGUAUCGAGUGGAGCAUCUCCACUUCCAACUCCACCUAUAAUGGUCUCUCGGAGUUUUUCUAUACCCUCAAGUAAUCAGAGAGCUAUGGCAUUGAAUGUUACUAAUACUAAGUAUUUGGAUACACGCCAAAUUCCAGAGAAAGUUGAAGUAGCUGCAUCACCUCCGCUAACACCUAUAUCACAGAGAGCAUCAAGUAUAUCUGACCUGGCUACUCACUCUAGUGAAAUCCAAGUGAAUGCAGGUAGGAGCUAAAUCCUAUGCUUGUGGCUGAGUUUCGGUGAAUGAUUUUGAGUGUUUUUAUUCUUGUGGGAGCUAAAUCACUUGCAUUGUGGAGUCCUAGGGUUUUGCCCAAGAGAAAGGUUCAGAGAAGUAUAUGUAAAUAUGCUAUGUAUUGUUUAGCCUCUCAUCUCAAUUUGUAUCUAUUAUUUUUACUUUAAUUAGUGUCGAUGGGAACUAAACUUUACAUGAUUUCAUUUUUAUAAAUGUGUUGUGUAUUAUUAGUGUAUA